AUGAGCCUCCAUGAUCCCCAAGAUGAAGCUCCCAAAGGCCACACCGGCCAGCUUCAGGUCACUGGAAAGAUGGUGUUCAGCCACUAUUUCAACGACGAAAAGGCGACGAAAGAUUCCUUUACUUCAGACGGCUGGUUUGUUACGGGAGACCUGGCAUGGAUCGAUGAUGCCGGGAAUCUUCAUUUGGCUGGCCGUAUCAAGGACUCCAUCAUCGUCAAUGGCGUUAAGUGGAGUGCAACCGAGCUGGAAAGCGCACUCGAUGAUGAGAGGAUUCCAGGAAUGACUCCAUCUUUCACGGUUUGUUUCCCGACUCGGACGGCUGGGUCACCGACUGAGAGUAUCGCCAUCGCCUACUCCCCGCGGUUCCGUGACGAAGAUCUCCGUGCGCGCUCCGAGACAGUAAGGGCAAUCACAAGGGUGAUUUCCUUGAUAACGGGCAAAAAGCCAGCACGAAUAGUGCCCUUACCCCAAUCAAUGAUUGAGAAGUCAUCACUAGGCAAGAUCUCGCGCUCCAAAAUCCGCGCUGCACUCGAGAGUGGUCAAUUCGGACCGAUUGAGCGCGAAGACCAACAGCUCCUCGACCAAGACAGACAGCGCAAAAGGCGGGGCGCCGAGACUGACAGUGAGAAGGUUGUGCAGGGCAUAUUAGCCAACCUUUUGAAGAUGCCUGUUGUGGAGAUUGACGUGGAGACGUCCAUCUUUGACCACGGCGUCGACUCGAUGCAUCUCAUCCUUCUGAAAUCCAGAAUACAGGGGGCGAUUGGCGGCCAGGUUGACAUCCCCAUGUCAGUCUUGCUGACAGAGCCAACCGUCGUCGCUAUCGCAUCCGCCAUUGACCGGCUCGUAUCGCAUCCAAUCGUUUACACCCCGGUUGUGCCAUUGCAGCAGAAUGGAUCUGGCACACCCUUGUUCUGUAUCCAUCCCGGCAGCGGAGACAUCCUCGUGUUCAUUGCUCUUGCAGCACACUUCCCGACCCGUCCCGUGUAUGCCCUCAGAAGUCGGGGUUACAAUCCUGGGGAAUCCUUCUUCUCUUCUAUCGAGGCGACUGCGGAACGUUACGCAGCAGAAAUCUGCAAGGCACAGCCGCAGGGACCCUAUGCCAUUGCAGGCUACUCACUUGGCUCCACGCUCGCCUUCGAGGUUGGAAAGGUGCUCGAAAAGCAGGGUCGAGAAGUAAGGUUCCUGGCUAGUAUCGACUACCCGCCACACAUUGCGCAUUACGUGCGCGGCUUGGAUUGGAUUGAUGUGCUUUUGCACAUUGCAUUUUUCCUGGAGCUCGUUGAUGAGGAGACCAUGAAGGACAUCACGCCCCACUUGCACACACUCAACCGCGACGAAGCGCUGUCUUAUGUCCUCGGAGUCGGCGAUGCUGAACGUGCCAGUGCUCUAGCUAUUGACACUGAAAGGCUUGCGUUGAUCUCAGACAUUGCCGAGAACUUCCGUGUCAAUGUACAAAGCUAUGAACCUAGAGGCAACGUCAAUAGUCUAGACGUGUUUGUGGCGGACCCGCCAUCUUACGCGGCUCAUGACCGACAAGACUGGAGGGAAAACAAGCUUGAACGCUGGGUGGACUUCACGCGGACAGGCGCAGAGUUCCACCAUUGCCCGGGCAUUCAUGCAAAAAUGCUCAACAAGGAGCAUAUGGCCGACUUUGCGAAAAUAUUCAAAGCGGCCAUGAGGAUGAGAGGCGUCUAG